AAUCAAGCUGUCAGUCUGUCUCCGGUGUGGGUCUGUAAUAUACGCUGCCUUAUCUUUAAACGGAACGUGUCGUAGUCUACCUAACGACCAUGCCACAUGGUAAAAGUGUUGACCAACCGGAAAAUAUGAGGAUCAUUGAAUUGAGGUGGUUUAGACCAGAAUUUAUAUAGAAGAAACUCUGGUCGCAUCAUCAAGGUCCACGAAGAGGUUUCGGAAGACGUUGGCAUAACAUUUACCAGAACACAUAAUGAUGUCAGUCCACCUCAUCGAGAGAUAGCUUCAAGAAAAACGAUAUCCCUCGAAAUUGUGUCCAAGAAGCCUAUGGUAGCCGACUGAGAGGUAAUUGUUUCACUCGACAAUUAAUGCGAAAAUGACAAGACUGCUCUUGAGCCUUCUAGCGUUACGGAAUGCGCUCGUAGAAAUGUUGGCACCCCUUUUACGCGGCAGACAACAUAGACAUCCUUGAGAAAAUAUUCACUGGGAAAAUGGACUAAUAAUGCUCAAGUCUUCAGUGAUGAUAUCAGAAAUACUCAUCAGGUUCUCUUGAGAAUUGGAGAAACAAUAUAUUCAAAGACAAAAUCCUACAAGUUUGGACUUUGUCUGAAGCCCAGAACCAACUGCCAAUUUCACGGAUCGCCUAUCUAUACUAAAGCAUCUUCACAGACUCGCAUUGCGAGUCUGUGAGCAGGCGAGCGAGGGACCCUGUCUGCCCCGCUGUCCAGCGACACCAUGAGCUGGAGCUUCCUCACGCGGCUGCUGGAGGAGAUCCACAACCACUCCACCUUCGUGGGGAAGCUGUGGCUCACCGUGCUCAUCGUCUUCCGCAUCGUCCUCACCGCCGUCGGGGGAGAGUCCAUCUACUACGACGAGCAAAGCAAGUUCGUCUGCAACUCGGGCCAGCCGGGCUGCGAGAACGUGUGCUACGACGCCUUCGCCCCGCUGUCCCACGUCCGCUUCUGGGUGUUCCAGAUCAUCCUGGUGGCCAUGCCCUCCCUCAUGUACAUGGGCUACGCCGUCAACAAGAUCGCUCGUCUGGAGGAAGCCAAGGGAGGCGUCCCCAGCGCCCCCCUGGUCAGAUCGUCCGUAGGUGGGGGGUACACGCACAGGAGGCCCAGGAAGAUUUGCUUCGGGGCCCGGCAACAUCGAGGCAUCGAGGAGGACCAGGAGGAGCAGGAAGACGACCCCAUGAUCUACGAGGUCCCCGAGAUCGAGCCCCCCAAACGCCCCCGCGACCCGCUGGUCCCGACGCCCAAGCCCAAAGUCCGCCACGACGGUCGCCAGCGUAUCCGCGACGAGGGCCUGAUGCGGAUCUACGUGCUGCAGCUGGUGACGCGCACGGCUCUGGAGGCGGGCUUCCUGGCGGGGCAGUACCUGCUGUACGGCUUCCGCGUGGCGCCCGUGUACGUGUGCUCGGGGAAGCCCUGUCCGCACAGCGUGGACUGCUUCGUGUCGCGUCCCACGGAGAAGACCAUCUUCCUGCGCAUCAUGUACGGCGUCACCGUGCUCUGCCUCGGCCUCAACGUGUGGGAGAUGCUCCACCUAGGAAUCGGCUCCAUCUGCGACAUCCUCCGCCGCCGCCGCCGCUGCCCGCCUCCAGAGGACGAGUAUCAGCUGGGGCUGCUGGGAGCCAACGGGGGCGUGGAGGGGCCCGGGGGCGUGCCCGGGCCCGAGGUGGGCGCAGGGGAAGGCUUGGUGGGGGACGGGGGGGCCGAUUACGUGGGCUACCCGUUCUCAUGGAACACCCCGUCGGCCCCGCCGGGCUAUAACAUCGUGGUGAAGCCGGAACAGAUCCCCUACACGGACCUCAGCAAUGCUAAAAUGGCCUGCAAGCAGAACCGGGCCAACAUCGCCCAGGAGGAGCAGCAGCAGUUUGGAAGCAACGAGGACAAUUUCCCCACGGGCGGCGAAGCUCGCGUGGCCCUCAACAAAGACAUGAUCCAGCAGGCCCACGAGCAGCUGGAGGCUGCCAUCCAGGCCUACAGUCAGCAGCACCGGGCCGAGGUUCAGCUGGACGACAAUCAGGACGACAAGCCCCAGAGCAACAUCAUCCAGGCCCAGCCCCAGCCUCAGCCCCAGCCUCAGCCCCAGCCUCAACCGCAGCCUCAACCGCAGCCUCACAAGGAGCGUAAGCACCGCUUCAAGCACGGAAAGGGAGGGGGCAGCGGUGGAGGCAGCAGUAGCAACAGCAGCAGCAGCAAGUCAGGGGAGGGCAAGCCCUCUGUGUGGAUAUGAACCCUCAUGCUUAUAAAUACACACACACGCACACUCCUGGCCUAGCCUCAAGGCCCCAUGUCCAUGUGGUUAGGAUGGGUGUUGGAGAGGGAUGUGGUGACGAGCUGAAGUGGUUGAAUAUAUUAACACCGUGUCAGUGCCUUGAAUUUAAGAAUCCCACUUGCUGGAAAACAAAUGGUGCGUUUUUAUGUCUGCAGCUUUAUUUAUUCAGCCGUUCACUUGAAUCACCACUACUUGGAUUGAAACUAGCGUAUCGAGUCUGUUGUUGUCUUGUGUUUUGUACCUCCGAUCCUGAGCGGACUGUUGCCCCUGUUGUCUUCCUGUUAUUUCAGUCUUCCUAAGGGUGGAGAAACUUGAAACUGAGACAUUUUAAUCGUCGUCAUUUUCUUCAAGGUUUCUGAUUGUUUUCAGAUUUAAAUCUACAGAUAUCAUGGCUGCCCCUUUGCAAGGACAUUGAGUUCAUAUUAUUGCAUUGGCAUCAAUAUUCAUGGACGUCAUAAUGCAAAGAGUCUAAAUGGAACUUUAGUAUUAUGCAAUGGCAAUAUAAUGCAAAGCUGAAAAGAGUGACUCAACCAUGCAACAGCUUCCUAGCAGAGUGUCAUCCAAUUAAAACAGCAAAAUAAUGCAAUGACUGAUCGUAAUGCACUGACAGCUAAAGCAAUGACUCUAUAAUGCACUCUACGAUGCAACGGUCUUCUUGUGUCACCUUCCCUAGAGGGUCCUGUUGGCAUUGUACUGUCAGUAGAUUUUCUCUUUAUGUAUUUGUCUAUAAGUCAAUUUUUUUUUCUUCUGUGGGACUUUGUGAGUGUGUGUUUGUGUGGUGUUAUGGCUUAGAAGUGCCACACCAACUUCUGGUCUUGAAUUGGAGUGGAGGAGCAAAAUGUUCAUGAUGCUAACUCAUCUACAUCUUGAAAUCAUUGUCAUAUUUGAAGAAGAACAUUCCUAAAUCGUAGUUAUUCAAAAGCCUCUGAACCUGCACUCUUCACUUUCUUUACGUUUGACUCUUUCAGUCUCUGGGUCUUCAUAACUUUGGUACAGACUUUGCAAACAUCAACUGGUGUUCUUUCUGCCUGGUUGUUGAAUGCCCCCUAGUGGUAUUUUAUGUUAACACUUCAUUGAAUCCUAUUUCAGAGUAGUUGCUCACAGCUACAGUAGCGCCACCAGCUAAGCCUGUCUCUGCCCUAAGGUGUCACUUCUGCCUCUUAGAGGCCUCGUUCCGAGGCACGAGACAGCCUUUAGCCUCAGUAUUUUGAUCGAUGAGGUCUCCGGUCAAUUCUGACAACCUGCUUUGGGAUUUUUACAAAUCAAGCAGAAUACAAGUCGAGUGGCUUUGUAGAAAUCAGGCAAGGAGCCCCUAACCAUAACCUUCUGCAUCAAGAUACGAUGCCAUGCCUUGGGGGAUUCUUCCCAAGAAGUGGAAAUCUGCUGUAUGAUGAGUAGGGAUGAGAUCACGGUGAACAGCUCAUCUCCAGUUACAAUAUGACCAUAGACAAUAUCAGUCAUUUUCUUGACAAAGUUUUCCUUACAAAAAGAUCCAGGGGAUAUAACAGAAUCACUCGAUAAAAAUAAUUGAAUUUGGAUAAUGGUAGAGUUGCCUGUCAGUUCACCUCUGUCAAAUGUCAUAAUGGGUCACCGUUCCCAUUAUGAUUUAUAGACCGAUCACUGUUUGUGUGAUAAAGGCAUCACUGCCCAAGUAUUGUACUAUGCAGCUAAGUUGUCCUCUAGCUUUGGAACACUGUGGCCAUACUACUCUGAUCCUGAAACAAGUAAACUAGUCAAUGUAAGACUGACCCUUUGUAUUUGUUUUGUAAAAGUCCCCCCUCAUUUUUGUAUCAUGUGAUUUGAUGUGGUUUGUAAGGUUUGAUUUAUCAGAGGUUGAUUUGGAUAAAUUUUUUAUGUUCAGAACAAUGUUUUUCUAUAACUUUUUUAAUGUAAAUUAUUUUCAAACAAGGAUGGCAAAUGUUUUUAAUAAGAUAAUUUGUUACAUCAUUGAUGUGUUUUGUUCCCAUUGCCUUCAAAUUGUAAAAAAAAGUAUAUUUUUCUAGCAAACUCUACUGUACAUCAUGUAAAGAAAUAGUAAAGAAAUUGAUAUUGUAAAGAAAAGAUAUUUGCCAAAAUUGUAUGAUGAGUAGUGUAUUUUGCCCGUGUGCCAGUCCGUAGGGCUUGGUCUUAUUAAAUAGUUCUAUCACUCUCAUUCUCCCUGAGCUGUUGUGAGAAGUGCUGCUGAGAACAGCUGUACAUAGUAGAACUAGCCAGGUUUGGGGACCAAGAAAAUACUGCCAACUCACUCUCGACUCAGCUCAAUGGUAGCUUUUCAAAUAGAUGAAAAUUCAGUUUGCAAAUCUAGGCCUCCUUCAUUUAGGUCCACAGAACUCGAUGCUUCCUGGCCAUGAUGUUGUUCAGAGAUUAUGUUCAUAUCUCUUGCAAAAAUGAUGUCACUGUCAAACUCUAUCCCAGUACUGCAGGUGGCUAAGAGCCUUUCCUGCUGAGUGCUGGAAGUCAGGCCCAUGACAGACAUAAAUCAGCAGAAGUACUCCAGUCAGCUUCUCUGGCAGUGAUUGGCACUGACGACAGCGAUGCUGCUUCAUCGCCUACAAGCCGCAGGUUAUUUACUUAAAGUACCCCGAUGUCAAUCUCCCUUUGUUAUAUUUCCUCUAGUGAUCAAACCUCAUUAAAUUCAGCCCGAGAGAAAACAUGACUUUUCUUCCUUCUGUUAAGUAUUUUCUGCUACUUUGAGAAUACAUCUAAUAAAGAUAAACAAAUUACCAGGGUAAAAGUGAAUGUUGGACCCUGGGGUCUUUAGGGGCAUUUAGGUUCAGGAGGACUUGGUUCACUGGAGGGCAGCUGCCUUCAGUGGAACAGUUUCCAGUUUAAGGUCAAGUCAUGGAGCAGGAAUGCUUAUGAGCCUCAUCUGCUCCACAUGUGAGCCCCAGUGACUAAGGGAACCUCAAAUCAUACAUCGUGCAUUGUAUGUAUGUGUGAGUGUGUGCGUGCGUGUGUAAAUCUGGGCAUUCUUCCAAAUCAUAGGUCAACACUGUCCCUUUGGGACCGGCAUAAUCAUAUUUCAAUCUGCUCCACCCAUUUCUAUUCAUCACUGCCCCUCUUUAAAGUAGAGACAGAAUGGCUCUUUGCUGAAGAAACAUACCAAAUGAGACCAUGAUUCAAUUAGCAUGAUUGGCCACUUUCUCUUUCCCUCUUCCUCCCAUGCACUACACACAUAGACACACGCUUCAGUUUAUUGUAGGGAACAAACCUAUCAAUUUAUUUAAUUACUUUGUCAGCAUCAGGAGGGGAAGGGGGGAUGGGGAUGAUUGGUGAAAGGGGCUGUAAGUGGGAGGCAACGUUAUUUAGCAAAGCUUCAGAAGUGACACAACGCCUUUCCAGCACUUCUCAUCACAGCAGGAGACGUAAUGCUUUGUGAUCGACCUUGUGGUCUUUAACCCGUUGGAAAG